CCCGGUUUAGAUCCCAAAAGUGCAAUUAGCACAUGAAAUUAGUGCAAGUAGCCCGUUAACGUGGAAGCCAGUGAGCCAGGAAACACCCAAACCUCACUCUAUUAAACCAUUUUUCACCCUCUCUCUCUUUCGAGUAGAUAAGCAAACAAUCGAGUAAGAGAUACUGAUAAUCCUCUUCAAUGUCGCAGCUCGCUUUGUCCUCUACAUCAACGCUUCCCCAUUUUAACCGAACUGUAAAGAGACUAAAUAAAGUAUUUCCCAUAUUUACGGGGCGAUAUGCAAUCAAAUAUUCACUAUAUGGGAAGUUUCAAAGGAAAGGAUUCUCCACCGUUGCUUCAGCUAAUACAGGGAUUAAUGGGGGUGUUGCUGAAGUAUCCGAAAGGGAGCAGGAUUUAAAGCAUUAUAUAUGGCCAGACAAGAAGAGGCCUAGGGUAUGCAUAGUAGGCGGCGGAUUUGGGGGCUUAUAUACAGCUUUAAGACUGGAGUCUCUUAUAUGGCCUGAUGGCAAGAAACCUCAAGUAACUCUCAUUGAUCAGUCUGAUCGUUUUGUUUUCAAGCCAAUGCUUUAUGAACUUUUAUCUGGAGAAGUGGAUGAAUGGGAAAUAGCUCCCCGAUUUUCAGAAUUGCUGGCAAAUACUGAGGUUCAAUUUAUACAGGACAGAGUGAAACUCCUCCAUCCCUAUGAUAUGCCCACAAGCGGUGGUCAAAGGAACCCUUGUGCUGGAAGUGUGCAACUUGAAAGUGACCUUCUUAUAGAAUAUGACUGGUUGGUUCUUGCUUUGGGGGCUGAACCAAAGCUUGACAUGGUACCAGGGGCUGUAGAAUAUGCUCUGCCAUUUUCCACUUUUGAGGAUGCAUGUAAAGUUAACGAUAAAUUGAAAGCGUUGGAGAGGAAGUAUUUUGGCGAGGGAUGCCCAAUCCGGGUGGUAGUUGUUGGGUGUGGUUACUCUGGAGUGGAAUUAGCUGCAACAGUAUCGGAAAGACUGAAGGAUAAAGGAAUUGUGCAAGCAAUUAAUGUAAAUAACACAAUCUGUCCAUCUGCCCCACCUGGUAACCGAGAAGCUGCCUUAAAAGUGCUCUCAGACAGAAAUGUUCAGCUCUUCUUAGGGUAUUUUGUUAAUGCUGUAAAAAGAGCUGCUGAUGUUGAGGUACUGAACCAGUUGACAGACGGGGAAAAUAAUGGCAUGCAGCAAGAGUCUAAAGAACUUGUUGUGGAAAUUCAACCUGCCGAAAGGGGCCUGCAAGGGCAAAACCUGGAAGCAGAUUUAGUUCUGUGGACUGUUGGCAAUAAGCCUCGCCUUCCUCAGUUGGAGCCCUCUGAUAAGCCCCACAUGCUUCCUCUUAAUGGCAUAGGACAAGCAGAAACUGAUGAAACUCUUCGGGUAAAGGGUAAUCCACGUAUAUUCGCAUUAGGUGACUCCUCUGCUUUGAGAGACUCCAGUGGAAAGCCUCUUCCUCCUACUGCACAGGUAGCUUUCCAGCAAGCAGAUUUUACUGGCUGGAAUAUAUGGGCUGCAAUCAAUGAUCGUCCUCUUCUACCUUUCAGGUUUCAGAACUUGGGAGAGAUGAUGACUCUAGGGAGAUAUGAUGCUGCUGUUACUCCAAGUUUCAUUGAUGGAUUAACCUUGGAAGGACCUGUUGGCCAUGCAGCGAGGAAACUGGCGUACCUCAUCAGGUUACCAACUGAUCAGCACAAGAUUAAAGUUGGAUUAAGCUGGUUCACGAAGGAGGCUAUUGAUUCCGUGGCAACUCUGCAAACUACCUUAACCAAAGUCCUUUCGGGCUCAUCAUAGUAUUUUGCAAGUCUUGUAUUAUUAAAAGUUUUCCACAGGUGAGAUAACUAGUCAGAUUUUAACAUGUACUGGAAGUAAACUAUUUGUCGCACUUGCUGCAAUUUACUAUGAUACUCGUACAAGCUUACAAGCAUCUCUGCUCUCCAGUCUAUCUCCACAACCCGUCUUUGGUGAAUCUCGAGUCCCAGAUGAGAGAAUAAAGGUAAGUUGGAAUCAGGGUUGAGUGUUGCCUUUGUUUAAACUAAGAUUGUAUCCUUAAUACUCUUUGCAAAUUACUCUGUAUAUGCUGUAUGAAUGCCAUCAUCAAUUUAGUAAAAACAAAUUUACUUUGAGCA